AUGUUCAAAAAAGACAUCCAGGAAUUUUACAUAAAGAACUGCAUCGAAAAUAUUUACAUCGUAAAAAGACACCACGCAGAUGGAAACGUCGAGGAGAAAAAGAGCAGCGUUCUGUACAAGAACAUCGAUGAGUUUGUCCGCGUCCUCAUACAGAUAAGAAAAUUCGACAAGGAAUUUAAAAAGAUAAACAUUAAAAAGAAUGAAUCGGGUGCUGAAGAGACGUUACAAGAAUAUCUGGACUUUUACGUAGGCCACUUUGGGCACAAAUUCCAUUCGUUCAUUUUGGAAUAUAAAAACGGUUCGGUUAAGGAUGACCUGAAAAAUCAUUACAUCAUAAAGAAGCUUACCAAAAGUGACAUUGAAAAAGUGGCCAAGAAUUCUUACGCAAGGGUAAUGUUCAUGUAUGACAGGGUCAAGUAUUUACUUUACUACGUGAAGAGGAGGAUUGCAAAAAUUAGAGAAAUUGAUGAGGGCUUUGUGAAGCUUCUGAUGAGCUACUUGCGGGUCUCGCUCAACCCGCUCAAUUUGAUCGCCCAUGUGUACUUAAGUGGGUGCGGGGGGCGACCCUCCCCCGAUCAGGCGAAGAAGGGGAUCCUCCACAAUGGAAACCCCCUAAAUGGAGGCUGCACAAAUGGACGAAACCCAGCGGGGAAGAACGUGUCACCCGUAAGAGACCCCCCCGUGGUGGACGCCCCCCCAAAGGACCCCCUCUUCUGCAACGAACUGUGCCAAUUCGUGUGCGCCUACGGGGAGUACAUCGUAAAGCACACCAUUAGCAGCAGCUACGUAGAACUGCUCAGCCCGCAGGAAAUUAUCAAAUCGAAAUUGAGCAUAUACGAGUCGGCCAAAAGACACAUUAGAAGUUACAUACUGAAGAAAAUCUGCUCCUAUGCCCAUUUUAAGAAAUGUAGUUUGAGUGCCCAAUUUGAUCAUACCACCUGCUUUAGUGCACACGAAGGGGACCUGAUCAAGUGCCAAAAAAUAUUUAAAAGAUUCACGCAAGUUGGUAGUGGCUAUAAAAAUGUGAGCAUGUCGCAUAGGGACUUUUCUUACAUUUAUGAACUUGUGCUGGCAGUCUACUUAGUGAAAAAGUGCCUCUUUCAUUUGAACGAAAAUAUCGACGCAGUUCUUCAGGUGGCCCUCUACACGCUGUACAGCUCCGCAAAGGUGGCCAUCAUUUAUUUGUACUUCAACCUGCCCAAGCACAUGGCUCAUUACUUUCUGAAUGUGUAUCUUCUCUUCUUCAAAAGUAAGAAGAAAAAUAGUGAAGGCCAAAGUCAGGGCAAGAAAACGGCACACAUUAUGAACAGAAUGAGGAGGACCUACAGAAACGUCCUGCGGUAUGUUGUCAAGCGGGAAAAAAGGGGGGCCAUCGACGCAACCCCGUACGAAGCACCCCCAUACGAAGUUACCCCGUACGAAGCACCCCCAUACGAAGUUACCCCUUAUGAAGUUAUCCCUCACGAAGUUACCCCCCACGAAGUCUCCCCCCACGAAGUCACCCCACUCGGAGGCAAAGUCAAAACGUCGGAAAGAAAACGCUACAGCAAGAUCCUCAACCUCUUGUACUUCCAAACGGACAGUUACGACAAAAAAUGGGCCAACCAAAAAAUCAAGCGAGAAGUGAAAAAAUUCGUCGCGCUUCACAUGAACGCGUCCGUCAUACAGCUCAAGUAUAACUACGAGGUCCUUCUAAGGAAAAGGAAAAAAGGCAAAAAGGAGACGCCCCCAAAAGUGGGUCCCGCAAAGACCGAAAAAGGUGACCAACCUAUGACACAUCAAAACGGUGCAGUAUCGCGCCAGAAAAAACGAUCGAACGUUGUACCCUCUGACAGAAUUGAAUACAUGAAGAGGUAUGCCCCGCUAUACAGAACCGAAUGUAGAAGAAACUCAAAAGGAGGAAAGAACGCCGAUCGGAAUGGAGCUAUCCAUGUACAGACAAACACAGUGAACUACUCGAUGCACAACCGGGUGAUAUACAACUACCGUGAUGGGGAGGCCUACGCUGGGAAAGAAAAAAAAAGGGACAAAGAAAAAGAAGUGACCUUCCAAAAAAAUUUUAGCAGUUCCGAGAAACACAUCAUAGGGAAGUUAUUCAACUGUGUGUUGAAGAAUCUACAAAAGGGGAAUCAGUUCACCCCAAGCAACACUCGUGAGAUUGAUGCCGCCAACCCAUUUGACGAUGAUGAUGAUGAUGAUGGAGAGAGAAAGCAAGACGAAAGGAACGGUUAUGAAGAUAGCCAUUUGAGCGCCCCCAGCGAAGAGGUUUCCAAGGCAGAUGAAUCGAUUACCUAUCCUGCUCGAACCAUUUUGAAUGAACAUGAAAGGGGUGGGGAAACUCCAGAGUCAUGUUACCUUUCCAGGAACGGCUCCAUACAGAGUGAGGCUAAAUUGGAGUGUGAAAUAUCAUCUGAAGGGACACUUGAUAAAAGAAAACCAGAAAUAAAUUCCGUCGAAACGGUGAAGAGCAAGGAUAUGCAAGAGGGUGGGGAAGAAACGGAAGAAGUAGGUAGCGAAGAUGGAGAGGAAACCCCGAACGAAGUAGACCACACGGUUAAGCGGCAGGAUGGUGAGAUUGCGUACACCCAUUUGGAUCCACCUGCAGGAAAAACACUUAGCAGUGUAGAAAAAUCACCCCAAGAGGGCUGCGACGAACGUAGCAAGAAACGAGAAAUGAAUGGAGAGGUCCAAAGCGGGGAAGGUUCUCCCCCCGAGAAGAUCCAAAACGAAAUUGAAAAAGUGGCAUAUGGCAAAAAGGCUGAUGACUCUUCCAGACACGGCUCCAAAACGGAGGGACACACUGAAAAGGACGCAUUCGAUAAGAGGGAGUCGCCCGAAAAGGAAAAACAGAGUGACAACUCCAGAGGAACGUGCUCCUCAGAGAAUAUAAUCCUUGCCGAUUUGCUCUUAACAAAUAAUUGCACGCGCAGAAUCGAGGGGAAGUAUAAGAUCUUCUUUUCGAACGACUCCGACACGAUGGAUGUGUCGUCGGAUGAUUAUGUCCCCUACAGGACGGCGAAAAGGGGGAAAAAGAAACGGGGGAAGGCCGCGGCGAAGGGAAAGAAAAGGACCAGCGCAAAGAAGAGCGCAAGGAAGAGCGCAAAGAUGAACGAAAAGAUGAACGAAAAGACGAAGGGAAAGGAAAAGGAGGGGAAGCCCAGGAAGGGAGAAGCGGGACAGGCGCCCAAACCACACAGCAGUAAAACCAAAAAAAGGAAAAGGUCGCAACUCACUGACGAGGAAACCGUUAAAACGAAAAAAGGGAAGUCCAACCGUUCACACAGUUAUCAUUCGGUAGAGUACGAUCAUUCGAAGAGAAACGAAGUGGUGGACGGGGAGGAAAGAAGUUGCACUUCAGAGGGCGUCUCACAUAAGCAGUCAAGGGAAAGAAAAACUGGGGCAGCAACGGAGGAACACGCGGCACUCACUAAUGGUGAGCGUAGAAGCGGGCCUGAGAAGGUGGCACAGGUGAGCGAAGCCAAGCCACCAACAACUGACGAUACGGCAAUGCCCGGCAGUGCGAGAAAGCUAAUCUUCAACGUGUCCCUGAAUGGCAGCGUAGGGGGGGAAGAAUACACACCGUGUAAAUACGAAUUCGGUGGGAGGACCAACUGGGGUUCGAAUGGGAAGGCACCCAUUUGUGAUGGCCUCGUCCCGAGUGAGGAUAACCCCCAAGGGAAGGAAGUGAGCGAAUCGAGAAUGGUGGCCCGAGGACACGGGAAGAAGGAGAAAACGGGGGAACAGGCGGAUAAACGCCUAGACGAGGAGCUUCAAAUAGACAGAGACAUGCCCCAAUUGGGCAUGCCCCGAUUUGAGAUACCCCAAUUUGACAUACCCCAAUUUGACAUACCCCAAUUUGACAUGCCAUUCAUGUGCACACGCCAAGUGUACCUAAACGAAAGAGUGUGCGACGUUGCGAAAGAGACAGAAGAGAGACUAAAGCUAAUUGUAGUUCACCUGUUCAAUUACUACAUAAUCGGAGGGGUAUUUCUAAUCAACCCCUAUAACAGUGCCCAAAAGGAGAGGUACAGGCACUUCACGAGCAUGCAAGAAAAUAUAAACGAUAUAGAGCACACGAAGAUAUUUAGGUAUAGUAGCCACGAACUUACUGUUGGGAUUAUUAGGAAGAAUACCAAGGUGUCUUUGCUGGGUGGUAGCACUUCCAAACGAGUAAUAAAAUUUUUGAAUAGACAGGGCAAAGGGUUAAAUGGUGCCACCUACAAGUGCAUAAUUAAUAACGCAUUGCAUGCAUGCAAAAUUCAACAGAGGCUAUACCUGGCCAAGAAAGAAAUAUUUUUCUCCUACAUUUUGAAGACGAGAAAAAUGUUGAAGUGUAGGAAGUAUUCCGAGCAGCGUAAGGGGAUUCUCGGCAGGGGGGGGAGCGCAACUGAGGGCAGAAGUGAAUAUAGCCUCCAAGAAAGCCGCGUGGGCGGCAUAAGCAGCGUGAACGGCUUGAGCAGCAGCGGCGAGGUCUUCUUCGAAGUCUACGCCAAGGGAAGCUUGUACAUCUUCCCCGACGAGCUGCACUACAAGGUGCAUAAGGCGUGGGGCGGCUCGGAAGGGCAACGGGGGGGAGCCAAAGGAAGAACCAACAGGGGAGGCAAACGAGGGGGCAAAAGGGGAGGCAACCGGGCACGAGCAGCCAAGCACGACGCGGGGGGAAGAGGCGAGCAGAGAAGUGAGCAGAGAAGUGAAGAGCAAAGUGAGCAGAGAAGAGAAGAGCAAAGUGAGCAGAAGAGCGAAGAGCAAAGUGAGCAGAAGAGCGAAGAGCAAAGAGAGCAAAGAAGUGAAGAGCAAAGCGAACGGCAGAGCUCGGAAAGGGGCACAUCGCUGCUGAUCAUGGGGACGCACAAACACGUGACGUCGCUCAAUGAGCUGAUAAACACGUUCAUCAGAAAGGGCUACCAAGCCAUAAACGAAGAGCUGGUACUGUUCAUCGUGUACCACCUGAUCGUGGCCUUGCUGCAGCUGCACGUGCUGGAUGUGCUCCACGGAGACGUCAAAAUAGACAACAUUUUAGUUGCGAAGGACGAGGAGCUUCUGCCCCUGAUGGAGAGAACUAAGGAACAUAGCCCGAGGGAGGCGCCCAGCACUUGCAAGGGGGAGAAGAAGCGGGAGCCCAAGAGGAUGGGCAGGCCCCCCAAAGAAGGCAAUAGCAGUAGCAGCCGUAGUAGCCGCAGUAGUAGUGGCAUUCGCGGCGAUAGCAGUCGUAGCAGUAGCGGCAUUCACGCAGGUAGCAGCCGUAGCAGUAGUGGCAUCCGCAGCGUUAGAAGCACUCGGAGCAUUCGAGGCACCCACGGCAGUAUUAACUCCUUCCUGUGCGAAUACAUGCUGAACGUGAAGCCAGCCAGCAACCCGAAUUCCUUUCUGAGGAAAAAAUUCCCACUGAAUGUAUUCCUAAUCGAUAUCGGCAGAGGAAUUGAUGUAAAAAAUUUUAGGAACUACCUCUUCUAUGGAGAAAAAAACUGUGACUGCUACAAUUUCCUUUCAGAUUCUAUUUUUUCCUACCACAUAGAUUUCAUAGGCAUCGCGCAGGUGGCUAGCUGCUUAUUAUAUUACAAGCACUUGGGGAGCAAAAAAUAUAAAUACGAUGGGAGCAUAAUGGACCAAAACUACACUACCAUUAACAACCUGAAUGUGACCUACAUGACUCACAACAACAACUUUGCGAAGAGUAGGAGCGUCCCUGUUAGGAAGAAGAGGAGGGACCCUCGUAAGGGUAAGAGGAAAAGUAGGUGCAAGGAGAUCGAAAGUUUUAUAAAGGUGAAGGAGCGCGCCUAUACGGAGGAUGAGGAGAAGCACGAGAAGGAGGGGUGUGCCGACCGAAGUGGCUGUCUUGAGGGGGGGGACUCCACGGGUGGGGGCUCUAACCAUGCGGGGAAUGCUCCCAACCCCGAGGAACACCUCCAACGAAGCGGCAACUUGGCAGUGAACCAACGAAGCGGCAACUUGGCAGUGAACCAACGAAGCGGCAACUUGGCAGUGAACCAACGAAGCGGCAACUUGGCAGGGAACAAACGAACCGCCAAAAGGAUCACCGCAGCAGAAAGCAACCAAUUUAUAGAUUACUCAAAAAAUAUCCCCAUGGAUGACCGCGAUAGGGAAAAAAUCGACGGGUACAUUGACCAGAUGAAGAAGAACAACGAACAUUACUACAUCGAACGGGAAGAAGAAAGCAAAAUAAAAAACUUUUCAGUCAAGUUACUCUCCACGAGAAAGAAGUACGUCGAUUUUUGGGAAGUUUUUUUUCAUCUUCUGUUAAACUUUUGCAAUGUUUACGAACUGAGCUCCGUUAAUUACAACAGCAAGGAGAUCGGCACGAAUUUUGAGAAGGCCAAUUUGUUCCACCACAAGGUGAUGAAUAAAACGGAAAAUUACUACUUUGACUUUUGCAAGAAUAACUGGGAGGAGGUUCCGCAAGGGGACCGACGGAAGAGGGAUGCCCCCAUGGGGGAGAAGCUCAAUGGGUUUGUUACCGGCAGUGAUCAUUUGGAUGCACGUGGAGGGGAAGCCCUCUGCCGCAAUGGGGAAGUCCUCUGCCGCAAUGGGGAAGCCCUCUGCUGCAAUGGGGAAGCCGCCUCCUGCAAUGGGGACAAUCACAGCGACAGUGCAGUUAUGGACGUCCACCAUACGGGUGAGGCCAAACAAGAGAUGGGCAAGCUAUGCCAUCACGACAACACCAGCACCGAUGAUGGCAGCAACGCAUGUGUGAUGCAAAACGGGCGCUGUGGUGAUGAGAAAGAGGCGCUAGAAGGGCAGCCCAGGAAGGAGACCCAUGAGGAACCACGCAAAGGUAAUAGCCACCAAACGGAAAAAACCAACUUAGAAAGGGAAACCACAAAAGGGGCUGCGUUAGACAAACAAAAUGAACAAACGGGUGGAGACCAACCCAAAAGUAAUAGCAAAUAUUUUUUUAUAAAAAACUCCAUUUCGAAUUUAAAAAAUAUAAAAAAAAAAAUGCACAAAGUGAAGCACAAAAUAGAAAGGGACAAAUUCGAGGCCAGUAACGACAAGGGAAAAAACCACUCCUGCAACUUCUCUGGAAAAGAAGAAAAUGUUAGCUUGAAAAGAAAAAUGAUAUUCUUUGAAAAUGAACAGAAUAGACAGAAAUGCAGGAAAUUGAAUGACCAGAAGUACUACGCGAAGGAGUGCCGCGCGAACGACACCAAAAGGUUGGCCAGGUAUGUCAACAAGCUAACGAAGAAGAAGGCCAUUUUUGUUCUCAUGUUUUUAAAAAGGGCAAUUGAAAAAAUAUUUGAUGAUGACAAGAUUAGGCAGGAAAUUUUGCUGAGCGAGCUGAAAAACGCGGCGGCUUUUUUUUGA